UGCAAACGCUGCUCAUACGCUGCGGAGGCAAGAAGCUCUCCACACACAAAAAAGCGCAAAAAAUAUUAAAAUCACAGCCGCAGGGCAGGUACAUUACGAGUAUAGCUAAAUGUGUAGAACAGUUCCACAACGCUGUUCCACAAUUCGCAGCGCGUGCGUGCUCAGCGUCCAGUUGGACGACGACGACUCUCGCAUCCACAUAGAGAUAGCGAUAGCAAUAGCUAAAGCUAAAGCAACAGCACUAGCUAUAAAGACAGAGACAGAGCACAGUGGGACAGUGGGAUAACCAAAACAAAAACGGCAGACGCAGUCUUUAGCUUGUUGCGCUCCUACACACACACUUUGCCAAAUUAUAAGCCGUCUCGAUGGUCGACCACAGAUCGCUGCUAGCCCAGUUCACAAGCACGCCCAGAAAUUCACAAAAUUUCCCCUUAUAACGAAUGUGCGACCAACACAGCAACAGCAACAGCAACACCAAAGUCUUAACUCAAGUAGCCUCAAGCAGUUUUUAUAAAAAACUCAAACUUAGCUUUAAGUAGCAAAUGCCAAAGAGAAUGAUUGUGGACAAAUCAGAGGCAGCGGGCGUAGACACGCCCUGGACAAAGCUGCUGGCCGAUGAGCACAACAGCCAAAUGCCCAUAAUUAUCAACAACAACAAUAACAAUAGCAAGGAGCAAAACAAAGAAGUAGCUGAGCUCCAGGAAUCAACGCCACUCAAUGCGGAACAGCUCAGCACACAGGCGGUGGUGAAUUUUGGCCCCAGCAUGGACACAGGCGCAACGGCGGGCACUGCAGCUGCUCCAGCUGCUGGAGAGGAAGCUUACAAUCGCAGCUCCACCUACGCCUCGGGCAUGAACAGCGCUGGCGGUGAGUCCAGCGGCAGUGGCACUUUGCUCUCCCGCAAGGAAUCCUUUCUGGGCUCAUUUCACAGGCAGCUGCGGCGCUCCAUCAAGGCAGUUAGCGAAUCCCCGGGACCAUUAACGAGGUACCGGCAGACAAGAUUCAGCUCGCGGCGUGUACGAAAACGUGUUGUGUUCAAACAUGGCGAGUGCAACGUGGUGCAAGGCAACGUGGCUAAGAGACGACGGCGUUAUCUGCAGCAUGUUUUAUUCUGGAUUUCGCAGGACAUCUUUACCACGCUCGUGGACGCACAGUGGCGCUGGACGCUGCUUGUGUUUGCUGCCUCAUUUGUCAUCUCGUGGGCGUUCUUCGCCUUCAUCUGGUGGACGAUAGCGUUUGCGCACAAUGACAUGGAGUUCAUUCAGCUGCAAAGGACUUCGCCCGAGCUGGCUGCCAAUAUGACGCAUACGGUCUGUGUGACGCAAGUGACGGGCAUUAUGUCUGCCUUCCUCUACUCCGUGGAAACGCAAACUACAAUUGGCUAUGGCAAUCGCUACGUUACCGAGGAGUGUCCCGAGGCCAUCUUCAUCAUGUGCAUUCAAUGCAUCACCGGCGUCUUUAUACAAGCCUUUAUGGUGGGCAUUGUGUUUGCCAAACUGUCGCGUCCCAAGAAGCGCGCACAAACGCUGCUCUUCUCCAGAAAUGCCGUCAUCUGCCAUCGCGACGGCACGCCUUGUCUCAUGUUUAGAGUGGGCGACAUGCGCAAGUCGCAUAUUAUUGAGGCGCACGUGCGAGCGCAGAUAAUACGCAAGAAGGUCACCAAGGAGGGUGAGGUGCUGCCGUUCUAUCAGCAGGAGCUGCACGUGGGCGCUGACGGCGGCGAGGAUCGCUUAAUGUUCAUUUGGCCCACAACCAUUGUGCAUAAAAUCGAUCGCAAUAGUCCGCUCUACAUGCUCAGCGCCUCGGAUAUGCUCAAGGAGCGCUUCGAAGUCGUCGUCAUGCUGGAGGGCGUCAUUGAGUCGACGGGCAUGACAACGCAGGCUAGGAGCAGCUAUUUACCCUCGGAGAUAUUGUGGGGCCAUCGCUUUGUCAAUGUGGUUUCAUUUCGCAAGGAAACAGGCGAAUAUGAGGUGGACUACACGCUCUUCAACAACACCUACGAUGUGGAUACGCCACUCUGCAGCGCCAAGCAGCUGGAUGAGCUCAAAUCCGAGUACACACGCAGCGCCAAGAGCGGUCUAUCUCCUUUUGCGGAUCGCACGCUUUCGUCGGCCAGCAUGAUACAGCGCAUUGCCUCGGCUGCUUCGGUGGAUCAUCUGGAUCCGGCUAGCGACGAGUCGCUGGACUCGGGUCGAUUACAAAUACGCUCGCAUUCCAUACCGAACGGCGUGCUGGCCAGUGAGCUGGAGCCGCUUAACAAUAAUCAUCAUAAGCCUGGCGCUUCAUUCACAAUGGGCGGUCACAACAUCUCCAUAACGACCACUGCUCCCAGCAUACCCAACCUAUCAAGUAUUAAUGAGCGGACCAAUUCCGGUAAUUCCAUAAAUAGCAGCAACUACAACAGCAAUAACAACAGCCUCAGCACAUUGAACAUUGUUGCGGGCGGCGGUGGCAAUGGUGGCGUCACCAUUGUGCCCAGCUCCGGCAACAGCAGCAGCGGCAGCGGCAGCAGCAGUCGUGUGAAACAAUCGAAUCCACGACGCCUUAGCAUUAAGCAGGAUCAACAGCCCAUAGAUUCCCUUUGUUGAUAUUAUACAAGGCGCUGCGUUGUCGUUGCCAAGGAGCGCCGCCGCCGCGUGCACUUUGGCUACUCCAACGUUCUUAGAUCUGAUGUUGUAUUGUAAGCGUAGGCUCAUAAUAGUUUGUAAAUUAAAUUUAGUGCUAGCGUUAGAUAAAUAAUUCAGAGAACAGCUCUGACUAAGCUGUGAAGCUAAAGCUAACUACCCUCUAAAUGUCCAACCUAUUUAGUUAGAAAACUUGCCCUUCCAAAACUUUUAUUUCUAUUCUAUCUUUUCUUUUUUAAAUACUUUGAAACGCUGCUUGAUUGUACAUUAAGUGCAGAUAUAAUUAUAUAUUUUGUCAAUGUUAGCUUUAAAGAAUUUAUUAAUCUUAAGCCUACAAUUGAUAUUACAACCAAUUUAAGAUAUGUAAAGAAACACAAAUAUUGAAACCAAAAUGCUGCAAUUUCCUCGUAAAAAGCUCACAAAGUAUAACGACGAUAAUGAUAAUGAUGAAGUACUAGUGCAAAAAAUGUAAAUGAAUUUUAAACUACCUUAAAUUAUGAUUGUUCAGUAUCUCAACUACUCAAUGAAUGAUUAUACUAUUAUGUAAUGUAUUCCAAAAUGUUAAAACCUAGCCUCUUUGGUUGGCUUUAAGCGAGCAAACAAAUAUAUGAUGAGCUUCAAUUGUUAUAGUGUGUGGACAAUAAAAUAAAUGCGCAUGUAAAUGUUAA